AUGGAUUAAAAAAAGGAAGCUAUCUAAAAUUAUGUUGGAUCAUUCAAUUAUCGCUUUUGCUAAUUAAUUUUCAAUUUAUUUCCUGAAGUAAUUAGUUAAAACUAUUAUGAUGCUUAACCCUUAGAAUAAAAUUAAUUUUAUCCUUAUUUUUUAAAAUUUAUCAGAACUUAUAAAAUCGCUCGAAAAGUUAUUGAAAAAAGAACUGGAUAUUAAAAGGCAGAUUAUUUUGAAUACUAAAAUAUUAAUUUUUUGAAAAUGCCUAUAGAAGAAAAAUAAGAUAAAUUUACAAAUUUAGAAAUUAAAGUUCUUGAAGUCUUGAAUUCAUUAAAUAUUAAAUAUAAUACUUAAUAAAGAGUACUUAUUUAUGAUGUUGAUAUACUUUUAUCAAAUAAUACCAUAAUAAAUUGUAAUGGUCCAUUACAUUUUAUAAUGAAUCUUAAAUAAUAACUAAUUGGAUAUAGUCCAAACCAUCAUACGGUUAUAAGGUACUAAUGAAGCACAUAAAUAGGCAUCUUAAAUCAGGAAAAUACAAUAUAGUUGAUAUUGAAUAUGAGGAAUGGAAUAAAUACAAAAAUUUAUAAAAUAAAUAAAGUUAUAUAUCGAGUCAAAUAAAUAUUAUAUGA